AUGACAACUCCUCCAGAUUUCAGUAUCAACUUCACCAAUGAAAAGCUGCAACCGUUUUUCAACCACCACAUGUUUGUGCUGGAGCAAGAAGAGUAUAAGAAGGAGGGUAUUGAGUGGACCUUCAUUGAUUUUGGAAUGGACCUGCAGGCCUGUAUUGACCUCAUUGAAAAGGUGAAACACUAAACUACUACCAAUCCUAAAAUUAUUUAUCAUAACCAUACUGUCUUUAAAUAGCAGAUAUGUUUUCUCCUCAGCCUAUGGGACAAGCAUCUGGGGAAAUCUGCCAACUUCCAGAAGCCCAGAAUUGUUAAAGGGAAACCAGAGGCUCACUUUGCCCUGAUGCACUAUGCUGGAACUGUGGACUAUAAUAUUAACAACUGGCUGGUGAAGAACAAGGAUCCUCUGAAUGAGACGGUUGUAGGACUCUACCAGAAGUCAACUCUCAAGCUGCUUUGUACUCUCUUUGCAAACUAUGCUGGAGCUGAUUCAACUCAGGAAUCUGGAGGAAAGGGCAAAGGUGGUACAAAAAAGAAUCCAUCCUUUCAAACUGUGUCAGCCUUACACAGGGUAAACCUGAACAAGCUGAUGACCAACUUGAGGUCUACUCACCCUCACUUUGUGCGAUGCAUCAUCCCCAAUGAGACCAAGACUCCUGGGGCCAUGGAGAACCCUCUGGUGAUGCACCAGCUGCGCUGUAACGGUGUGCUGGAAGGCAUCAGGAUCUGCAGGAAGGGUUUCCCCAACAGGGUCCUCUACGGAGACUUUAAGCAGAGCACGGAUGCACUGCUUGUGAUCCAGUGGAACAUUUGCGCUUUCAUGGGGCUCAAAAACUGGCCUUGGAAUUGGAAAAUUAAACCUCUGUUGAAGUCAGCGGAAACUGAAAAGGAAAUGGCCAACAUGAAGGAGGAGUUUGCCAAACUGAAAGAGGCUUUUGCAAAAUCAGAAGCCUGCCGUAAAGAACUUGAAGAGAAAAUGGUCACUCUCCUCCAAGAAAAGAAUGACCUGCAGCUCCAAGUCCAUGCUGAACAAGAUAAUCUGUGUGAUGCUGAAGAAAGGUGUGAGGGGCUCAUCAAGAGCAAGAUUCAACUGGAGGCAAAAAUCAAAAAGGUGACUGAAAGACUGGAAGAUGAGGAGGAGAUGAACGCUGAACUGACGGCUAAGAAGAGAAAGCUGGAGGAUGAAUGUUCUGAGUUAAAGAAAGACAUUGAUGACCUAGAGUUAACUCUGGCCAAAGUGGAGAAAGAGAAACAUGCCACUGAGAACAAGGUAAAGAACCUCACUGAGGAGAUGGCCGCUUUGGAUGAAAUCAUUGCCAAGCUGACCAAAGAAAAGAAAGCCUUACAAGAAGCUCACCAGCAAACACUGGAUGACCUGCAGAGUGAAGAAGACAAAGUCAACAGUCUGACCAAGGCUAAAGCUAAGCUGGAGCAGCAAGUGGAUGAUCUUGAAGGGUCUCUAGAACAAGAGAAAAAAAUACGUAUGGACCUUGAAAGAGCAAAGCGAAAGCUCGAAGGAGAUCUGAAGUUAGCACAAGAGAGUAUAAUGGACCUGGAAAAUGACAAGCAGCAACUCGAAGAGAGGCUGAAAAAGAAAGAUUUUGAAAUCAGUCAACUCAAUGGCAAAAUAGAGGACGAACAGACAAUGAGUGCUCAGCUCCAGAAGAAACUGAAAGAGUUGCAGGCUCGCAUUGAGGAGCUGGAAGAAGAGCUUGAAGCAGAGCGAGCUGCCCGAGCCAAAGUAGAGAAGCAGAGAUCAGACUUGGCCAGAGAACUGGAGGAGAUCAGUGAGAGGCUGGAGGAGGCUGGUGGAGCAACAGCUGCUCAGAUUGAGAUGAACAAGAAGAGGGAGGCUGAGUUCCAGAAGCUCCGCAGAGACCUUGAAGAGGCCACUCUGCAGCAUGAGGCUACUGCUGCUACACUCAGGAAGAAGCAAGCUGACAGCGUUGCUGACCUGGGAGAACAGAUUGACAACCUGCAGAGAGUCAAGCAGAAACUGGAGAAGGAGAAGAGUGAGCUCAGACUGGAGCUGGAUGACGUGGCUUCCAACAUGGAGCAGGUUGUGAAGGCCAAGAACAAUUUGGAGAAAAUGUGCAGGUCUCUGGAAGAUCAGAUGAAUGAAUACAAAACAAAGGCAGAAGAGGGACAACGUGCCAUCAAUGAUUUCUCUAUGCAGAAAGCAAAGCUUCAAACUGAAAAUGGUGAACUCACCAGGCAGGUGGAGGAAAAGGGGUCGUUGGUGUCUCAGCUCACCAGAGGAAAACAGUCAUAUACUCAGCAAAUUGAAGACCUGAAAAGACAACUGGAGGAAGAAAUCAAGGUAAAAAACACAGGAUUCACAACAGGCUGA